GUGGUACCCAUUCACCAGCAGCACGAUCUGGAUCAACGAGACUGCACUGGACUCUGCAGUUGGAAGAUGCAGAACAGUGGUGGUAUGCAAUCGUCUACGCCUAAGCCGCCAGUGGUUCUCGCUCUGUGCGGUUUCGGGCGGGCAGGAAACAUUCACUUCCAAGGGAUCCGUACGAACCCUCGCUGCAGGCUCAAGUACGUCGUCGACUGUUUCGAGGUUCCCGCCGUCCUACAGGCCGCGCAAGGCAAACUGACCGAGUUCAGGAUGCUGGACAGCGUGAGUUUGGUCAGGACGAGCAACUACGAGAGCGUGGUCCUUGCGGACGAAGAGCUACAAGGCGUUGUCAUCACUGUCCCAACCAAGUUCCACGAGUCGUACGUGAAGCGAGCGCUGCAAGCCGGAAAAGCCGUCUUCUGCGAGAAGCCGCUCGCCUACGACCUUGCCGAGGUGGUGAACUGCUACGACAUCGCGGAGACGAAGGGACUGCCGCUCUACUGCGCGUUCCAGCGCCGCUUCGAUCCGGCAAUGUCUCGCCUUCGAGAACAAGUCGUAAAUGGUGAGAUAGGUAAGCUCUACCAGGUGAAAUCAACCAGUCGGGACGCUACUAAACCGCCCGUGGAGUACCUCAAGACUUCUGGAGGGAUGUACCACGACACGGCGGUCCACGACAUUGACAUGCUGUGCUGGAUAGUAGGAGAAGAGCCGGUCGGGGUGUUUGCUCAGGGUUCUGUCUUUGACCCCGAGAUUGCCAGUGUGGGGGACGUGGACACUAUUGCUAUAACUCUCAAGUUCCCCAGUGGAGUCCUGGCAAUACUUGACCUCAGUCGACACUCCAGCUAUGGAUAUGACAUUAGACUUGAGGUAGUUCUUGGAGAGAAGGGAAGGCAUGUACGAUGUGACAACGUUCAUAUUGACUCUUUGACUCAUUUCUCAGCCAAUGGACCCCUGGCCGGUGGUGUAGUGCCUUCAUUUGCUGAUAGGUUUAAGGUCGCCUAUGAACGUGAGAUGGACCAUUUUCUGGACAUGAUCCUGGACCCGUCAGAGAUAGGGCUCAUCACGAGGAAAGACGUGUUACUCUUGACACGUGUGGCAAACGCCUGUCAGCGAUCCCAGCGAGAGGGCAGAAUGGUUGAACUAGAGCCAGAACCACCAUCUUCACACUGAGAAGACGUUUCUUCAAAAGCUCGAUUACUGACACACAUGAAUCAUUUACAAUAAGGACCAAUGAAGUAGGAUAUUUCGUUGUAUAUAUGAGAUGAUGCAUUAAACAAUAGGGAUCAAUCAUGAAAAAAGUCAACACUAUGUAUAGAUAUAGGGAUACAAUCAUGAAAGUCAACACUUUCCUUGUGAAGGACAGAAAAGAUACCAGAAAUGUGUGCGUGCUUGUCUUGUGUGUUACUUUCGCGAGCUCUUUUCCCUGCUGCGAUUGGAGCUGUGUUUGCUGGAGAUCUCUAUCGCUCCUCGAGCGUUUGGUAGCCGGCUGCCCAUCCCUACUCGACGAGCCAGAGCUGUGUUGUUUAGGAGAGCGGUCUCUGGAACCCCUGCUCCCCCUCCCCUCCCUCUCCCUCUCUCGCUCCCUCUCCCUCUUGUCUCCCCUCCCUUCUCCGCGACUACUGCCACCGCCGCCACUGGAUCUACGCUCCCCACCACGUGGGUGGUGGUGGUGGUGGUGGUGGGUCUCGGUUCUCCUCGAAUCGGCCCCCAGAAUCACGGGGGAACUGCUGGCGCUGAUUCCAGUUGGGGGGCUCUCCUGAUUGCGGAGGUCCUCCGUCCUGCCUGUGUGGAAGGGGUCCUGUGUCUUGCCUGUGAAGAGGAGGACCCCCUUCCUGCCUGCGUGGAGGGGGCCCUCCGUCUUGUCUGUGCAGUGGGGGUCCUCCGUCCUGCCGGUGAGGUGGGGGCCCACGGUGAGGGGGGUGAGGAGGAGGAAAUCCCCGAUCAUUAGGAAGGACCCUGUCGGGGGGCUGGAAAUUCGGUGGGGGGCGACGGGGGUCAGAAGGACCAGGGUGGUGCGGGAGUCGCGGCUGAUCUGGGGGGAACUGGUUGUAAUUAUGCGGAGGUUCCCUUGACAUCUGGUCCAAGUGAGGAGGCCCAGAAAAGUGCUGUGGAGGUGGUCUUUGUAUGUUGGGGGGUCCCUGUGGCUCAGGGAAAUGCUGAGGGGAGUGAUAGUGCUCUUGAUUCUGACCCAUGAGCGGAGGACCGGUAAAUCUUGGCCCCCCAUCUGGUGGACCUUGAUUCACAUUGUGAAUGGGGGGACCUGGAUGUGAAUGAGGGGGCAAGAAUGGCCGAGAUUGUGGGGGUUCUCCAGGCAGGGGGGAGUUUGGGCCCCCUGGUUGGUUCGGGAAAAAUCUGUCACCUCGUGGGGGACCAUGAAACUCGUCGAACCGUUGAUGAGGAGGAGCAUUGGGGUGCUGGGGGGAGUUCAUUGGGGGUCUGUCAUGAAUGUUAGUUGGGGGACCAUCAUGACGCUGCUGUGGGGGCCCAUCGCGAAUUUGCUGCGGGUUGUGAGGGGGCCCUUCAUGAAUAUUGUGCUGAGGGGGACCCUCGCGGGGCCCAUUGUGAGACACCUGCUGUGGGGGACCAUCGCGUAUCAUGUUGUGUUGUGAGGGGCCCUCACAGAUAUGCUGUGGGGGUCCAUCAGGCAUAUUACGCAAAAUAUGAUGAGGGGGUGCAUCACGAAUUUCAGGUGGGCCGUCGCGAUUCAUCAGCUGCAUCUUUGGCGGUCCCUCGUGCAUAUGAGGAGGGUGAUGAGCUGGGCUGUUGCGAGGGGGGAAUUUGUUGUGCGGGACCAUCACGAAAUUGUGAUGGUGGGGGAGGACCUUGCUGUAUACGAGGCAGAGGACCAUUUGGUGGACCGUGGUGAGCUUCCUGAGGCUUCAUUGGAGCAUCUCGAACACUCUGCUGAUGUUGCGGAGGCUCGUGUACUGCUUGUGGGUGAAUUGGACGCACAGGACCCCCUUCACGGAGAUUUGGAUGGCCUGCACUACUUUGUCGAUUUGGGGGAACCUCGGGAAAACGCUGCUGGCGGUCAUUGGGAGGGAAAAGGGAUUGCUGUGUGAUUGGGGGAUGUUGAUUCAGGGGAGCAUGAUUCUGGGGGACCUGAUUUGGGGGAACCUCGGGGAGACGUUGCUGGCGAUCAUUGGGAGGAAACGGGAGAGGUUGUGAGGUCGGAGGACGUUGAGAUCGUGGAUCAUG